CAGCAGUGCAAUCUGAGAUGCCCGAUCGCACGUGCUGGCGACUUCGCAACAUUUCAGCCCGACGAACGAGACGCAUUUUUCAACUCGCAUGACGACCGCCGAGUACAUCGUCGUCGGCGUCAUCGCCGUCGUGCUGCUUCUGCUUGUUGGCAUCUGCGUCCGCCAGCGCCGAGCUGCGUCGGCCAAGAAGGACCGGACGCUUGCGGCCUCGCUCGUGAGCUCGUCGCCGCUCUUUUGCGGCCACUCGCGCCGGUCGCUCAUGGACCUCGGGCUGCCCGCGCCGUCGUUAUCGCUCUCUAUUGUGGGCCUGCGCCGCGAGGCGUCGUCGCAGAACGACACGGCGCUCUCGUCGUCGGACGCGACCGAGUACGCACCACCGCCGCCGGUCGAGUCCAAGGGUACGCCCAAAGCCACGCCCACCGAUCCCGCCUUGCGCACGUUCAACGACGAUUUCUUUGUGCUUUCGCAGCGCGGUGGCCAGAACGGGCUGCCGCUCCUCGAGUCGACGCGCGGUGACGCGCCACCACGCCACAUCUCGGUCGUCGAGAGCGUCGACGAGCACCAAGGCGACGACGAAGAGGACGAGGCUGAUCGGCCGAGUGCGCUGUGGCACAGCUUUCUCGAAGAAGGUCGGUCGCUCUCGGUGUUUAGCGGCGGGUUUUCCGACAUGGACGACGACGACGAUCUCAACAACUCGUUCUUGCAGCCGCAGAGCUACUACACCGAGUCGAUUGCAGAUGACGAAGAUGACGACGACCAGCUCGACCUCCACGGGGUCAUGACGGAUGCCGUCUCGCAUAGUACCAAAGUCGACUUGUAGUACAGUGCAUAGGAUUGCUUUUAAAACAUAAACGUAGCAAUAGGAAAAUAGGAACGUAGAUACUGUUCGAAGGGUCGUGUUCGCACCAACUCGUA